UUCCAUUCUGGCAAAUGUUUGCUCUUUUCUCUCUGCUCUGGGGGUUGGGAGGGGAUGAGCUUCUCACGGAGUCUCUCUCUCUCUCUCUCUCUCUCUCUCUCCUCUUGGCAGUUUCCCCCCUACACUCCUCACACUUCACCAGGAGGCUGAGCGCAUAGCAUCUCCCUGAGCCACCUCUCUUGGGGCGCAUGGCACCAGGCUGAGUUCGUGCUUCCCACAGUGGACACUGUAGCCACAUCCAGGAAGAGCCAGGAGAAGUGGCAUGUGUUAGCUGUGGAUAACUGAGAGAAAGCUUAGAAGAAGAAGCUGAAGCCAGAGAGGUUUCUAUGACCAUGGAUGGGAUCACCCCGACCAUUUCAGAAAUCAGAGGGAGGAUCUUGGAAGCCAGGACUCUGCAGGUAACUGCCGGCAGCCUGGACAGAGAGAAAGACCAGAGCAGAGCCAUAUUUUCUGGGUUUGCAGGAUUCCUUGCCGUCCUACUGACCACUCUGAUCUUCUACAGCCUAUGGAACUGGAAUAAAUGGAAGAAGCAGCGACACAUUCCUUACUUCCGAGUUACCAUCACGCCCUUACUUUCUCUGUCUCGACCCAGACAAGGAGCCAAAAAUAUUUAUGACUCCUUACCCCAGAGGCAAGGAGAGCUGGGGAGACGGCAGUCAAGGAGUAACCAUAUUUUCAGUACCGAGAGCCUCCUUUCCAGAAAUUAUGAUAGCCCUCCUUCUGAUCCUGUGCCCUCCCAAGCAGGCAAUACCCUCUGGCUGUACAGAGACCAUACUCAUGCCAACAGCUAUGCAGUGGGCAUCUAUGACAAUGCCACGGGGCUCCAGAUGUGUGGGGACCUCACUCCCUCAGCACACUAUGUCAAUGUCAGAGCAGCCAGAGACUGCCUGAGCAUUUCUUCAGAGGAUUCAAGAGAUUACAUCAAUGUGCCCACAGCAGAAGAGAUUGCUAAGGCUCUAGCUUCUACUGACAGCACCCCCACGAGCCUCUUUGCCCUCCCAAGUGCCCAGGAGCUGGAGUCUACUGAGGAGAAAGACAAGGGCUGUGGGAAUGCCAGUGACCACAUCACUUUUGGGUCUCUAAGGUCUGAAAGCAAUGAUCCACUCAGUGAUGGGGAAGAUUCUUCGGAGACCUCGAAUGACUAUGUCAAUAUGGCAGGGCUGAAUCUUGAGACCAUCCAGGGGAAGCAGUCCUGUCUGGUUUUCCAGUGCUAUAGAGAUUACGAAAAUGUUCCACCAGCACACACCAAUGGAAACCAGCAGCAGGGGGAGGAAGAAGUGACAUCCUCAGACACAGAAGGCAGGAUGGAUGGUCCAGGUACCCACAUCCAAUUUGUUGUGAAAUCAGGGAGUUUCCUGGCUCUAGGGGAACAUGUGACCUGUCAGCCAUCUGCACAGAGUGAGAGUAGUCAGAUGAAACAUGAAGAAGAAAUGUCAAAUGACACUUCUAGUGACUAUGAGAAUGUGCUAGCUGUCAAGUCAGAAGACAGGGACUCCAAGCAGGGACCAGACACAUAACUCCUUCCUGAUGAAUUAGGACCCAGAAACCCAGCUGAAGAGCUCUGUGGAGUAGGCUAUGCUUGCCAGACCCAUGGCCACUACGAGGUCUGGUAAAGAUCGCUGGCCAUCCUUAUAUAUCUCAGUGGUUCAUUCAUGCACAGAAGUUAGGGAACUCACAAAAGCCAAUGUCUGAGAAAGCCAGAAGGGAAUUCUUCUCAAGCAGGGUGCAAUUAUCUCUCAUACCAACCUAAGAAUGUUUGCUGAAACUCCCUUAUAGGACAAUUAGUAGAUUAAAAAUGUAAUAGUACUUUAGUGAACAGUGGAAACAUGAAGUGGUCUAAAAUCAUCACCUUUGCGAAUACCAGCAGGAUGCAAAGUGAGAAUAUGGAUCAGUUUGUAAUCCAGGCAGAGGCCAAAAAGAAUGGAGAAGUCGGAGUUGGGGUGGGACAGCAGUUUCCAGUUGAAAAAGGGUGUGGACAAUCAAACGCUAGAGAAUAUGUGGGACAUUAGAACCGUCUUUCAUUGUACUAUCCACUUUAGAAAGGUGAUAGUUUCUCAGAAGCAUACACUUAUACAACCCAGCCAUUCCACUACUAGAUGUUUAUCCAAGAGAAUUGAAUAUUUGUGUUCAUACAAAAGCCCAUAUAUGCCUAUUUAUAGUAGCUUUUUUCAUAACUGCCAGAACUAGAAAUAACCCAGAAGUCCUCUAACACAUAAAUGGAAAAAUGAACUGUGGUAUAUCCAUGUAAUAAGGUUAUCUAUACUGAACAUAAAAAAGGAACGAACUAUUGGUUUGAGCAACAACACGGGCAAAUCUUAAAUGCAUUUUGGUAAGUGAAAGAAGUUAGACCUAAAAAAAAUCUACAAAUUGUGUGAUUCCAAUUAUAUGACAUUCUGGAAAAGGCAAAACUUUAAGGAUGGAAAACAGAUUAGCGUUUGCCAGGUUUAGGCAAAGGGAAGUUUACCACAAAGGAAUUUCUAGGUUAAUGGGGCUCUUCUGUACUGGUACUGUGGUGGCAAAUACAUAACUGUGAAUUUGUCAAAACACAAAAAACUAUAUAGCACAACGAGUGACUUUUAUUAUAUGUAAAAAAUUUUAAUUAACCACUCUACCAGGGGAAGCCAUAAUGGAAUGAAGAUUAAGACAAAUAAACCUAACUAUAUUACAGAUGGAUGAUAUAGCCUCACUGAAGGUGGGGGAGGAGCUGGCCUAAUUAACUUUGGAAAACUAUGCUUUCACUUGAAACUGUAAGAUAAAGACAUACAAACUGUACAUAAACACUGCACUCUAGUUGGUAAAUUCGUAUCUCAGAGGAAUAUAGUCUAGCAAUUCUGAAACUACGUUAAAUGUAUGCUAAGAUUGAACAAAUAAAUAAACGUAGAUAAGGAGAGACGGGUUUCUCACUAUCAGAAAAAGAGGUGACGAAUAAGCGAGUAGAAAAGGCUACGAUGAACUCUGUGGUGCCAGACUAGAUCUGGAGGUAUAGUUUGAACUCUUGUUUAUUUUAAUAUAUAUAUGAAUAGGGGCACCUGGGUGGCUCAGUCGGUUAAGCAUCUCCCUUUGGCUCGGGUCAUGAUCUCAGGAUCCUGGGAUCAAGCCCUGCAUCCGGCUCCCUGCUCA